GGUUUAGAAAAAUGUCACAAAAAAAAAAAAGCCAAAGAGGAAGAAAGAACAAAGAAUGAAGUGAAGAGAUGCUAUUGCUAUAUAUAUAAACGCCACUCUCCUAAAUUCUCACAAUUCACAGCGCCACACACACAAACCUAAAUCCAUCGAGAAAGAAGACAACUUUCGGUCCAUUUUCACGGAUUCGGAUUCAGCUUUCGCAUCAAUGGCGACAGGGAAAUCACCUACGCCGGCAUCGCAGGAGCUGCAGCAGACCAAUGCAGCGGCUAGACCUGGCCUGAGGAAGCCAGUCUUUGUUAAGAUCGAACAGCUCAAACCCGGUACCAAUGGUCACACACUCAUCGUCAAGGUUGUUAGCUCCAAUACCGUGUUGCAGAAGGGUCGAUCCGUGUCUCAGCACCUUCGGCAGACGCGGAUCGCUGAGUGCCUUGUUGGCGACGAAACUGGAACCAUUUUGUUCACUGCGCGUAAUGAUCAAGUUGAUCAAUUAAAACCUGGGACAACUAUCAUUCUUCGAAAUGCAAAGAUCGACAUGUUCAAAGGGUCUAUGAGGCUAGCAGUUGAUAAAUGGGGCCGCAUUGAGAUUGCCGAUCCUGAAGAUUUUGUCGUCAAGGAAGACAAUAAUCUAUCUUUAGUCGAGUAUGAACUUGUGAAUGUUGCAGAGGAAUGAGAAGGUACUACUGAAUGCCAACUUUAAGACAAUGGGUUGAGAUGGCUGGUCAGUGAGUUUCCUGGUAAUCUGCAGAUGUGAAUAUAUAACAACGCUAUAUUAUAAUUUUGUGUGGGUGAAGUAUUUAAGCGAACAAUCCCUUGAUUUCUUCUAAAGCUCUAUUCCGUCGGUUUGACUUACACAAAGCCAUGUUUUGUCGGGUAAAGGUAUAAAUAGGUACUAGUUUGGUACUUGUUAUAACUCUGGAAAUGUAAUAGAGCGUUAACGACGGCAAAGAAUGCUUUUGGUAUGCCUUUGAUAUCAUAUCUAACAUGCAAAGUUUUCAA